GGUUUCUUCAGUCUUUAUGGCGUAUGAGCGAAGAUGUAUCGUGUCGGCCGACAGCUUAUCACCAAGAUCACUUUUACCUCCAUUUUCUGUACGGUGUCACGGGAAUAUUAUUUUACGAGACAGUACAGUAAAAGCUGGUCGUGUAUUGGCUGAUUUUUGAUUAAAGUUUAUAUUCUGAACGAAAAUGCCGAGGUCCAAGAAAAAGAAUAGCAAAGGGGUGCCGCAUAGAAAUGUGCAGCUUGCCAGCGAUGAGGACGUCUCCAUCGAGACUCUCAGUCAUUGCAGUGACUCAAGUGAAAUUAACAAUGGUGCAGAUGAAGGAGCCGAAGUAAAUGAGGACACCGCUCUGGAGGAUUUCCAGUACAAGCUGCAAGGAUACAUAGACAACACGGUGGAUAAGAGUGCUAAGACCAGACAAGGAGCUCUGGUUGGACUUAAGGAGGCCAUGUCCACACGAAUCCUCUAUGAGUUCAUCUCAGACAGAAGGUUGACCAUCACAGACAGCAUAGAACGCUGCCUGAAAAAAGGUAAAGGUGAGGAGCAGCGAGCAGCCGCUUCUCUGGCUUGCCUCAUGUGCAUCCAGCUGGGCUCUGGCAUCGAGAGCGAGGAGGUCUUCAAGGUCCUGAAACCCAUUUUCAAAAACAUCCUAGCAGAUGGAUCUGUCAACAUUCAAGUCAGACAAGCUGUGGCAACAAGUCUGGGCCUGUGUACAUUGGUCACAGAAGAUGACGUUUUGGAUGUUCAAGCCACAAUGGAGUGCUUUGAGAACCUGUUCACGCAGUCCUACAUGCGAGAGGAUUGUACCUACACUUCUCAGAAUCCCCAGACCGUCCAGCUCCACACCAAUGCUCUGCUGUCCUGGGCGCUGCUUCUCACCAUCUGCACUGGCAGCCAGCUCAAAGACAUCCUGUGCAAGCACCUGCCCAAGCUGCCUGGGUUGCUCGAGAGUGAGGAUGUCAACAUGAGGAUCGCUGCAGGAGAAACCAUCGCUCUGCUCUUCGAGCUGGCCAGAGACAUGAACUCUGAGUUUGAGGACUGGGACGGACUUUGUAACAAACUGAACGCGCUGGCCACGGACUGCAACAAGCACAGAGCAAAGACGGACAAGCGGAAGCAGCGCUCGGUCUUCAGAGACGUACUGAAGGCAGUUGAGGAGGGAGACUACCAGGCUGAGACCAUUCGGUUUGGAACAGAGCGCAUGGUCAUCGACAGCUGGGUGAGGAAGAGGACGUACGAUGCGUUCAGAGAGUUUGUGGGCACUGCCAUGAACUACCACCUGCAGGCGAACAAAUUCAUCAGAGACGUGUUUGAACUGGGACCACCGACGCUGGUUGAUGCUGCCACAAUGAAAUACAUGAAGAUAUCUCGUGCGGAGCGGCAUCAUCAGAAUGCAGCUGCUUUCAAGGCUCGAACCAAGGCCAGAAACAAGUUCAGGGACAAGAGGGUGGAUAUGGGCGAGUUUUAAAAUUUUUGUUAAGUUGACAGCUCAUCGGGGUUUCCUGUUUUGUACUCUUUUUUUUUUUUUUUUUUUUUCUUAAAUUAAUAGUUUUUUCAAAUGAUCAUCCUCCAAAAUGUACCAGGCAAUAAAUUAUCAUGUGAAAUGAGGCAUUUUUUUGUUAAUCAACUGAGUGGCUGUGGUCACCUUGAAUUUAUUUCCAGUUGUUAAGAGGUUAAUUUCCGUUAUAAAAUAACGGGGGGACCUGACCUGACUUACGGCCGCACUGCAGAUGUGAUUUUAUAUUUCUAUGGACAUUCCUACACUUCCCAUCCCAAAAAAGUAAACAGAGCAGGAGGGGGAUUGAAAAAUAAUUGUUUUGAAGAUGUACAAUUUUAUUGUGUGCAGAUAGAUGUAAAAUAGUUGUCAUCGAUAUAAUUGUAUAUUAAUUUUGUGGAUCUGUGUAAAGUUGUUUUGCCAACAUUUAUCUUGCACCGUAUUGUUUUUGUCACGUUAUGACUUUGCACUGUUACAAGUCUACUUAUUUACAUUAUUGUUUUCACCAUCGUUAAUGUGUUAGUCAAGGAUAAGUAAAAAUGAAAAUAGAGCUGUCACAGAAACAUGUCUGGUUAUCUGUUGGUUUGUAAAAUGUGUUAUUUAAAUCAGUUUAGUGUCUUGAUAUAAUGCAAAAAUUACUUGACUUAGCUGGUGUUCUAUUACACAGAAUAAAUUAAAUUGUCUACUCAACAAUAAUGCAAAACA